UUGUGGAUCACCUAACCUGUUACCCUAUAUUUAUGAGAUUCACCAACCGGCCUUGAACAUUCUCAUGCUUAUUAUUAGCGUAUGCAUUCUACUUUUUUUUAAAAAUAAUGGGAAGUGAUCUGUAUCGAUGCAGUCUUGUGCAAUGUUCAUUUGAUUCUUAAACUUCCACAUGAAAAGGGGGAAAAUGGAAGACAAAGGACAAAGGCACGUUGGUGUCUGUUUCCCAACAUGCAUAAGUCUGGUUGUCAAGAUGUUGUGUUAAGGUGUCCCAUUAUUCCAUUUGGCUUAUAACAUCCUUGCAUGGUUUCUUAAAUUCUCUCCGAGUUCUGGUCUCUAUUUCAAGGAGCAAACCUAAGCCCACCAACAUGAGAAUGUUCACAUCACUGAUCUGGUCAAAUCAGCUUUGCAUAAGAAGCGAUGAAAAUGACCAAUUGGGUCACCUUUGUUUCUUCAUGUUGGCGAUUUGAUGAUUUUAUAUACUGAUAUCUGAAGCUAAUCGGGAUCUUGGUAUUGGAAGGAGAGAUGGAUAAAGAGGUAUCUUUGGAGUUGACCCCUACAUGGGCUGUGGUCACUGUGGUGGUGGUUAUGGUUUCUCUUGGUUUCUUCUUUCAAGGCUCCUUGAAACAGCUUGCAAAGUGGCUGGAUAGGACCAAGAGAAAAGCACUACUUUCAGCACUAGACAAGAUCAAAGAAGAGCUAAUGGUUUUUGGGCUUCUAUCGUUGUUGAUGGGUCAUUGGAUUGUUUUUGUGGCCAAGAUUUGUGUUAAAUCAUCAACUUUGAACAGCACAUUUUAUCCAUGCGUGGUGAAGAAGAAUAAUUUAACACCAGGACAACAUGUUCUUUCAAGAGUAAAGUACCCAAACGAUUCAUUUGUUAAAGAGCUGGUGCACAAACAAAAGAAUGAAUAUUGUCCCGAGGGUCAUGAAUCCUUCGUUUCACAUGAAAGUCUCGAACAGCUUCAUCGUUUGAUUUUUGUCCUGGGAGUUACCCAUGUUUCUUACAGCUUUAUUGCCAUAGCCUUGGCCAUGAUCAAGAUUUAUAGCUGGAGAACAUGGGAAAACCAGGCUAAGACUAUGGCUCUUCAAAGUGUACUAGGAUCACCUGAAGCUGCAUUUGACGAAACAAGGCAACUAUCUACCUUCAUUUGUCACCACACAUCCCAUCCAUGGAGCCAGCACCGAGUUCUUGUUUGGCUGCUUUGUUUCAGCCGCCAGUUCUGGAGUUCCAUAAACCAAGCUGACUAUAUGGCUUUGCGCUUGGGUUUCAUCAGCAAACACCAACUUCCUCUGACAUAUGAUUUCCAUAAUUAUAUGCUUCGAAGCAUGGAGGAGGAAUUCCGUGAUAUUGUUGGCAUCAGUGUGCCUCUGUGGAUUUAUGGCAUAUGUUGCAUUUUCCUCGAGUUUCACGGAACUGAUCUUUACUUUUGGCUUUCCUUUCUUCCAGCCAUUUUAAUCCUGCUAAUUGGUACAAAACUGCACCGGGUGGUGGUGAAAUUGGCUGUUGAAAUUAUGAAUUCAUUUCCAUGGCUGGAAAACCGUCAGUUCAACCUGAGGGAUGAGCUCUUCUGGUUUGGAAAGCCUAGACUUCUUCUGUGGUUGAUACAAUUCAUAUCAUUUCAGAACGCUUUUGAGAUGUCAACAUUCCUAUGGUCCCUGUGGGAAAUCAAAGAGUCUUCUUGUUUUAUGGACAAUGAGACGUACAUUGCUAUCCGCUUGGCUUGCGGGGUGGUCACACAAUUCUGGUUUAGCUUUAUCACGUUCCCACUCUAUGUAAUCAUCACACAGAUGGGCGCAAAGUUCAAGAAAACGGUAGUAUCCGAAAAUGUGAGGAAAUCACUGCAUGGGUGGCAAAGGAGAGUAAAGGCCAAGCAAAGUUCAUCUACUCCAAACCUUCUGGCUCUUCCAUCAACUACAUCUUUGGGGUUUUCGAUGACAGAUAGCAAACUCAAUACCAACUUUAGCAGCAUAGGCAGGAGCUCCUCGAGAGUCGCGGAUAAAUCAGCAACCUUGCAACAUCAAGAGGCCUCUACUUCACAAGCAGUUACUAAUGGAAUAUCAGAAGAUAAUGAAACGCUUGAGGUUUCACUUGGUUCUGGUACUCCUUGCUAUGACACUUCUAGUGAUGAAGACGAUGCUGGUGUUCAUGAUCUUGGUCAUUAACCGGUAUAUCUCAAUACCCGGUACCAUCAAUGAUCCCUCGUAAUUUUAUAAUUAGAAUGAAAUUGGGUUGCAAGUGGUGAGACUGCAGUCUAACAAACAACUAUGGAUCAAUACAUCUUUAUAAUUAGAAGGCAGGGGUUUUUGAAGGAGUUUGGCCUGGCAGAGCUGUGCUUCUACCAAAAGUGGCGGUGAUGGCAGCAGUUCUAGCACACACAAAAUACGUUCAAAUACAGAAUCCGUAGCAAAGAUGCUUGUGAAGAUGCAUUUCAUAAAUCUUGCUGCAGUUCGCGUGCAGAAUGAAUACCAGUUGAUGAAUGAUUUUGGCCUUCGUGCGAGAGGGUUUUCUUAGCAUAGGUUAAAUAGUGUGAGGUUGGUAUUUACAGUGGAAGGAAAAUCUUGUUAAUUACUAAGAUUAUAGCUAAUUUAUGUUAUAAGGAACGAGGCAGACCUUACUUAGAGUCUAUCAAGUCAAUCUUCCUUCCUUA